AUGAAUUUCCAGACGAAUACUCUAUUCGGCACCUUCGAUGAUCCACUCUUCCAAGCCCGAGCUGCACAAGCGGCUCUGGCCGAGAUGGAUGUUAAAAACGUUAAUAUGGCCGCCGGCGGUAUGCUCAGACCCAGUGAUAUGUUCACGUAA